AUGAAAUACAUUUAUCGCGACAUUGCUCAAGCUCAAGAUCCUCCUUAUGGAACACCUAUUACUGAUAGUACUGAAGUUGCGAAGUUAGGAUGCCUCGUUCUAGUUAAAUCUACAAAAGAAUGCAGCGGAGUCAUGGUUGGUCCUCGACACGUCGUAACUGCAGCUCAAUGUGUAAGCCAAGGUGCCAAAGUAGCAGCAUCUGCCACUGUAACAUCCGUCGAUGCUAAUGGACAAAUCACUUCUAAUUCAAAAACCGUAAAAGUAGACAAAAUAGUCGUGCAUGAUAGUUAUGCAGGAGGUGCUAAGGAAGCUUCGAUAAAAAUUAAAAACGAUAUUGCCUUCCUAAAGUUGAACACAGAAGUGAAUCCAUUAUUUACAGAUGGAACAUUCAAAAAAUGUAAAAUUUCACCGACCAAAGCGGAAGACGGCACCUCAGUGUUGAUAAUUGGCAAUCAAAUUGUAAAUGCGGCAGCAAAGACUUUGGGUCUCGUAGAGUACUCAACAAAAAUAAGAACUAGCAACAUUUGCAAAUCUAUUACAGAUCCUGGAAAAAAAAAUGGAUAUUGCGAUACAUUAUGCACUAGUGAAACAAAAAACCUAUAUUGUCCGGAUUCCGUAAUAGGCGGCGGAAUGUUUGAUACCCAAAAAAGCGUUGUUUAUGGAAUUAAUCUUGGAACGACUUAUAUUCUCUGUAAUUCAGGCACCACAUAUUUUGGACUGAAUUUGCCGGGAUUCGCUGCGUGGAUUGACAGGCAAAUAAAAGCUUAUCCUUAA